CGCAUCCAACACGGCAAACACGCAAGCAAACACCACACCAAGCUCAAACGUAAAUAACACCCCCAGCGGGUAACCAACCAACCACAACCGCCAAAAAAUAUCCCACCCCACCGGGCCAGGCCAGUCACCACCAUGGCUCGCCGCGGCCUCCGCCCCCUCGCCGGCGCCGCGCUCCUCCUCCUCGCCCUCUUCUCCGCCGCCGCGCUCUGCUCGGCGGAGCCCGAGGAGGCCGCCUCCGCCGCGGAGGACCCGCUCAUCGAGCAGGUGGUCGGGGCCGGCGCGGACGGCGACGAGCUGGAGCUGAACGCGGAGGCGCACUUCGCCAGCUUCGUCCGCCGGUUCGGCAAGUCGUACCGCGACGAGGACGAGCGCGCGCACCGCAUGUCCGUGUUCAAGGCCAACCUCCGCCGCGCGCGGCGCCACCAGCGACUCGACCCCACGGCGGUGCACGGGGUCACCAAGUUCUCCGACCUCACCCCGGCCGAGUUCCGCCGCCAGUUCCUCGGCCUCCGCCGCUCCUCCGCCCGGGACCUGCUCAAGGGGUCGUCCGCGCACAAGGCGCCCAUCCUCCCCACCGACGGCCUUCCGACCGACUUCGACUGGCGUGAACACGGCGCCGUCGGACCCGUCAAGAACCAGGGCUCGUGCGGGUCGUGCUGGUCCUUCAGCACGUCGGGGGCGCUGGAGGGGGCGCACUACCUCGCCACCGGCAAGCUCGAGGUGCUCAGCGAGCAGCAGAUGGUCGACUGCGACCACGAGUGCGAUGCAUCCGACCCACGCUCAUGCGAUGCAGGAUGCAAUGGUGGCUUGAUGACUACAGCUUUCAGCUAUCUCGAGAAAGUUGGUGGCCUAGAGAGUGAGAAAGAUUACCCUUACACUGGGAGUGACGGCACCUGCAAGUUUGACAAGUCCAAAAUUGUAGCUCAAGUGAAAAACUUCAGCGUUGUAUCUGUGGAUGAAGACCAAAUUGCUGCUAAUUUGGUUAAACAUGGCCCACUCGCAAUCGGUAUCAAUGCAGUAUUCAUGCAGACAUACAUCGGGGGUGUCUCGUGCCCAUACAUUUGUGGAAGGCAUCUUGACCAUGGUGUUCUCCUAGUUGGCUAUGGAUCUGCUGGAUACGCGCCAAUCCGCUUCAAGGAAAAGCCCUACUGGAUCAUCAAGAACUCCUGGGGUGAGAACUGGGGUGAGAAUGGUUAUUACAAGAUUUGCAGGGGUCCGCAUGUGAAAAACACAUGCGGUGUUGAUUCGAUGGUUUCUACGGUCACUGCCAUCCACACCUCCAAGAAGGAAUAGGUUCUGAUUUGUCCUCGUCUGUAUAUAGCAUUGCAUAUGAUGUGAUCUUGUGCUAGAUCAUUUGCCAGAGAGGGCUAUCCUAUGGCAUUAUCUGAAAAUGUUUUCGAUGGAUGUAUUGUACAUUUGUAUUAAGUUAUUGUGGAUGUUUGUCACACCAGCACAUUAACCAUUGGUAAUGUUUGUAAUGGUAAAUAUAUGAACAUGUUACCAAACAUGUGCUAUAAAUAAAUUGUAGGGAUCUUAAAAAAUCAAGAUGCCUGUGGUUCUGAA